AUGAAGUCUGCCGGCGCCGUUCUCGUGGUAGUUGUCGCACUCGUGUCUUAUUACAUCUGCCAAAGCCAGUGUUCGUACGUUUCGCCAAACGCACUGCAAAGAAGUCGCCGUCAGUUUUCGUUUGUUCAAGACCUGUACAACGCGUGGUACUGUAGGCGGAAGCAGUGUCCAAAUUGGAGAUGUCAAGACGAUUCGGCAGUGAUACACGGAUACUGUUGCGGAUGUCCGAAUUCUUUAGGAGCUAACGUACCGGUCUUAUGCGCCGAAGACUUAAAGUGUCCACUGAAAAUGACCAACCUUUGCCAAGAUUACAGCUACAUGCUAACGUGUUGCUGCACAGGACUUUAA